GCCCGCUGCCCAAUGACAGCGCAGGAUGCUGGGAGAAGCUGCUGGGGGAAUGGAGGCGACAAGAUACCGUCUAGAGCAGCGAAGAGGAGGAAUUUACAUCGACAGAGAUCUGACUUUGAUGUGCUCCACCUCUUCAGAGAUGAAGUAAGUGGUUCCGCGAGGCGGAGCAGUCUCAUUCGGACACGCCCCUCCUAAGGACUCUUUGGCGGCUGCACCGCUGAAUCGCAGGACAUGUACAGCAGUUCCAGAGCUGUUGGCCAUGUAGAGAGCAGCCCCGUACGGUCCCCGCGCCUGCCACGGUCCCCCAGGCUUGGCCAUCGAAGGGCACACAGUGGGAGCGGGGGUGGUGCGGGGGGAAAGACGCUCUCCAUGGAGAACAUCCAGUCCCUCAAUGCUGCCUAUGCCACUUCAGGGCCCAUGUACCUGAGCGACCAUGAAGGUGUGGGCUCCACUGCCACCUACCCAAGAGGCACUAUGACUCUGGGUCGGGCCACUAACCGAGCCAUGUACGGGGGCCGAGUUACAGCCAUGGGCAGCAGUCCCAAUAUUGCUUCAGUGGGGCUGCCUCAUGCUGACCUGCUGUCUCACAGUGACCUGGGCUCUAUCUCCAUGCUGCACCACCAUCACCACCAGGGGGUGCCCUCCGCCCUGCUGAGGCAGGCGGUGCGGGGAAGUGGGGGGGAGCUGCUGGAGAUGCAGGCCCAGUUCAGGGAGAUGCAGAGGGAGAAUGAGAUGCUGCGUCGAGAGCUCGACUUGAAAGACAGUAAGUUGGGAUCCUCUACGAACAGCAUCAAGAGUUUCUGGAGUCCGGAGCUGAAAAAGGAAAGGAUAAUGAGGAAAGAAGAAGCUGCUCGUACAUCCAUCCUUAAAGAACAGAUGAGGGUCACUCAUGAGGAGAACCAGCUGCUGGAUGCCAGGAGAACCAAGCAUCUUCAGAUGACCAUCCAGGCUCUGCAGGACGAGCUGCGGACACAGCGAGACCUCAACCACCUGCUGCAGCAGGAGAGCGGAAACCGCUCCGGCUCCGAGCAUUUUACCACCAUCGAGCUGACAGAGGAGAACUUCCGCCGGCUGCAGGCUGAACACGACAGGCAAGCCAAGGAGCUGUUCCUGCUGAGGAAGACCCUGGAAGAGAUGGAGCUCAGGAUUGAAACGCAGAAGCAGACGCUGGGGGCCAGAGACGAGUCAAUCAAGCAGCUGCUGGAGAUGCUGCAGAGCAAAGGUCUCCCUCCUGGGCCAGGCAGGGCAUCGGAGGAGGAGGAGCAGGAGCGAGCCAGACGUAUCGCCGAAGCAGAAGCCCAGCUUGGACACCUGGAAGUUAUUUUGGAUCAAAAAGAGAAGGAAAACAUCCAUUUAAGAGAGGAACUUCACAGAAGAAAUCAGCUCCAUCAAGACCCUAGUAAAACCAAGGCCCUGCAGACCAUUAUAGAAAUGAAAGACACCAAAAUUGCCUCUCUGGAGCGCAAUAUUCGAGAUCUGGAGGAUGAGAUCCAAAUGCUGAAGGCUAACAGCUUACUGAACACAGAGGACAGAGAGGAGGAGAUCAAACAGAUGGAGGUCUACAAGAACCACUCCAAGUUUAUGAAGACCAAGAUCGACCAGCUGAAGCAGGAGUUGUCAAAGAAGGAAUCAGAGCUGCUGGCUCUUCAGACAAAGCUAGAGACCCUCAACAAUCAGAACUCAGACUGCAAACAGCAUAUUGAGGUGCUUAAAGAAUCUCUCACUGCCAAGGAGCAACGUGCUGCCAUCCUACAGACAGAGGUGGAUGCUCUGCGUCUCCGUCUAGAGGAGAAGGAAUCCUUCUUGAACAAGAAAACCAAGCAGCUGCAGGACCUGACGGAGGAGAAGGGAACCCUUGCUGGAGAAAUCCGGGACAUGAAGGACAUGCUUGAAGUCAAGGAGAGAAAGAUUAAUGUAUUGCAGAAAAAGAUUGAAAACCUGCAGGAGCAGCUGAGGGAUAAAGAGAAGCAGCUGGGGAACCUGAAGGACCGCAUCAAGUCUCUGCAGACGGACUCCAGUAACACAGACACUGCCUUGGCCACCCUGGAGGAGGCGCUGUCGGAGAAGGAGAGAAUCAUAGAGCGAUUAAAGGACCAAAGGGAGAGAGAAGACAGAGAACGCCUGGAAGAGGUGGAGUCCUAUAAGAAGGAAAACAAAGAUCUGAAAGAAAAAGUCAACAGUUUGCACAUAGAACUAACUGAGAAGGAGUCCAGUCUCAUCGAUCUCAAAGAACACGCAUCGUCUUUGGCGUCUUCUGGUCUCAAGAAGGACUCAAAGCUCAAGUCUCUGGAGAUCGCCAUCGAACAGAAAAAGGAGGAGUGUAGUAAGCUAGAGACGCAGCUACAGAAGCAAGCUGAGCAGCUUUUCAGUCAGAUGAACAAUCCUAAAGCUCAUGAGGUGGAGCAGCAGUCAGGCCCCAGAGGGAAUCCAGAGUAUGUGGACCGGGUCAAGCUUCUAGAAAAAGAAGUGAGCUACUACAAAGAUGAAGCAAACAAGUCUCAGACAGAGGUGGAGAGGCUCCUGGACAUCCUGCGAGAGGUCGAGACUGAAAAAAAUGACAAGGACAAGAAGAUUGCUGAGCUGGAAAGUUUGGCUCCCAGACAAGGAGGUAAAGACCAGACUAAGAAAGGUCCUAACGUUAAAUUGGGGCCACAAGGGGAAAAGAAAGGUUUAGGGCAGGACUCUCGAAAGGACAGCUCCUUGGACAGUGGUCACCAUUCCAAACUGGAGGAGCUCAUGAACACGCUAGAAAGAACCAGGCAGGAGCUGGAUGCCACCAAACAGCGCCUCUCCUCCACCCAGCAGUCUCUGCAGGAGCGGGACUCCCAUCUCACUAAUAUGAGGCAAGAGCGCAGGAAGCAGCUGGAGGAGAUCCUUGAAAUGAAACAACAAGCUCUACUGGCAGCCAUUAGUGAGAAAGAUGCCAAUAUUGCACUGCUUGAACUGUCUGCAUCCAACAAAAAGAAGACCCAGGAGGAGGUGCUGGCCCUCAAGAGGGAGCGAGACAAGCUGAUGCACCAGCUUAAACAGCAUACACAAAGCAGAAUGAAGCUGAUAGCUGACAACUAUGAGGACGAGCAGUAUCAUCCGCAUGCUCCUCACCAUCAGCCUCAGCCCCAGCAUGCACAGCCCCAGCCCCAGCCACAGUACCCCCACCCUCCCCAGGGCCAACAAACCUCCUACCUACACGCCCCACACGCUCAGCACCCGCAACACCCCCAGCACCCGCAGCACCCCCAGCAUCCGCAGCACCCCCAGCACCCGCAAGCCCAACCACAGCAUCCGCACUCACAGCAUCCCCAACCUCAAUACUCUCACCCUCAGCACCCUCAACCUCUGCCCCAGCUCCAACAGCACCCCCGCCCUCCCCAGCCUCAGCACCCUCACCAACAGCACCCCCAGCAGCAUCCUGCACAGCACCCGCAUGGACUUCCCCCCGCCCAGCAUCCUCACCCCCAGCACCCACAUGGACCUCCACAACAAGGACCCCACCCUCAGCAUCCACACCCCCAACAUCCUCAGCACCCUCAGGCUCCUCAACAUCCGCACCACAUGCAGCAUCCGCGGCAUCCAUCGCCCCACCACAGAGGAGUACCUGCCCGGGGGCCUCCUCAUGCUGGCCACCGCCCCUCCCCAGACCAGGAUGAUGAGGAGGGCAUUUGGGCGUAAUCUUAGCCGUGACAACCAAAGCUUUUAUGUUGAUUAGAGGGAUGAGUCAGUCUGUACUGGGGGAGCACAGCCAUACCAUGAUGUUGAAACACCACCCAACUAAUGAUCUUUUACUUUCACCAAAUCCUUACUUCUUUGGCUUUUUUUCUGUUUCCUGGAAGAAUAGGAGGUUAUCAGGUGUGUGGGCUCUCCACGGGGACUGACAGAUGAGCAGGUGAUCUGGAACCUCCUCUUUGUGUGAACAGGAAGACACAUCCUCCUCUCCCGUCACUCGAUGCAGAUUUUGUUUGCCAAGUUGUCGCUUUGCCAGAAGUGUGACCAACAUGGCAGCAUCCGAGACCUCAGAGGUCACCUCACCUGUCUGCCACCUGCUGAGCGAGCUCUCUUCCAGCAGAGACCUAAACCUUCCAGCCAAGUUCUGUUUAAAUUCAUCAACCUGCUUUGUUUCAGAUCAAUGGUUGCCGACUCCUUUGCUACUUACCGCAUUGCUUUGAUUGGCUCUUUGACUCUGUCAUGGUUCCCUCAGUCCUCACUGGUUUUAUCUGAGCCCUUUACCUGGCCUUCAUGGCAGUCAGUGUGCAGAGUCUCUUCACUCACCUCUGUUGCUCACCGUAAUCGUUUUCCUCAUGUCAAACAGUUCUUACUGUGAUGAUGGCUCCCUUCAGUGGCAUGUUUUGUGCACAUUUAAGAGCUUUUAGGUUUCCUAUUGUUAUUUCCUGUUGGCACAAGGAAGCAUUUAGGGCUGACUGAUGGAGCACCUUAGCCUCCACCUGCAGCAUCUCCUUGGCUGCAUGAGCACAGCCCUCUUGCUUUUGGGCUACUUCUAUGCUCCAGCUGUCAACAACAUGUAUUCUUCAUGUUACCUCAUAUCGAUCAAUGGUAGUCAAUGAAAAACAGUUGAUCUAUGCAGAUGUCAACAUAGAAGGAAAGAAUAACCAAUCACCCCAGUCACAUUGGCCAAGAGGUGGUGGUGGUGGUGGUGGUGGGGGGGCAAAUCCAUCAGAUUCAGUUUUAUUUUUUGAGACUAUGCACCUCUGCACUUCCUCUGUGUUGCCAGAAUUUUUACUUAUGGUGCUUCUGCUGGUGCUCAAACGAAAUGAUAUCAGAAGACCUUUUCCAGAACGGUCUUUUUUACAGCGGAGAGGCUGGAUCCAGGCUUCAUAAAGAUUUCUUUUUGAGUUCGACAGCGGAGCAUUGGUCAGACACAAAACCUUCCUCAAGGAAUACCGUCUUUAUGAUGGUUACUAGAAGUUGAAAAGCAAAAGAAGAAAAAGUUUCUUACCAGGUCUAAUCAUUCAUCUGACUCUCCGGUUCGCUCCUGCACCCUUGAACCCCUCUAGCGGUAGUUUACGUGACCUCCCACACAUAGUAAGUUGUUUUCUUCUUCUGAAUAAGAUGGCCUGUGCCUAGUAAAAUAUGUACACAUAUGAUAGAAAUGCAUAUAUUAUACAUAUAGAGAGGAAUCUAUAGAGUGUGUCUAAAUGUGGUGAGAAAAUCGUUUUAAACUGAUGAUGUACUAUACCUUUGUUUUGGUUAUUUUUUUUAACUGGCUGAAGGUCAAAGGUGUCUUAUUUCCAGAGCUGAGUCAUAUAAUUCUUCUUUUGACUGGUAGGUUGUGGGGAAAAAAACCUUCAGCAGUCAAGUUAAACAUUCCCUGUCUGAAAAUGCAGCCCAGAUUUAAAGAAAAAACAGAUGUAUAUGUGUUAAUAACUAAAGCUUUAGAGUCACUUUGUGGGUUACAAAGAUGAGGAUCAAACUCUGUCUUAACGUCUAAAAACAGACAGCAUUGUUACAUUCCUUUCUUAGUGUGAAAUCAACUCAGCUAACAACCUCUUGACCUGUGCUAACAAAAUCAAACUUGCUUUCUGUAUGUAACUCACACAGGUAGCAGUUCAAUUAUGUACAAAUAAAGCUUGCACUUGUGAAUGAGGACUAUCAGCGUUUCCUCCACACAGAGGUUUCAGAGACUCUGUCUGGAUGCAUUUCUUUGGCGUGGUUUUGUCGUCGUCACGUGAACAGAAGUGGUUGGUGUGUGUGACUGUAACAGCCGACUAGAUAGAAGAAAAAAACAACACUUUAUUACAGUAUUGUGAAAAAAAUGAAGUAGACUGUUACUGAUUCUUUCUUCCUCCCUCCCUUCCCUCGCAGUACCUGUGCGUCAGGUGUACUUUGUUGUAUGUAAAUGUCUGUCUAUCGACUCAUCCUCCAUUGACCGAGGUGAUCUAUCCUUCAUGUGUCUGCCUCACACCUUACCGCUCUUGUCAAAAAUCAGCACGUUGUGUGAAGACUUUGCUUUUUGAGUUUGCAAAUGUUGAGCUACAAGUCCCAAAUGAAAGUUUCUUUAUUUUUAUUAUUUAUUAUUAUUAUUAUUUGUUUUUAAGAAGACAAUGCAAACAGACAGAGGACCAAAAACCCUCUCAUUUCAACAUCAGGGAGUGGAGUAGUAAUUCUCUGUUUUUCAGGUUCUAUCUACUGAAUACUUGAAGUAGGGAGUUUUCCUACCAUAAUAUAGCAUAUGUUAUUUGCAAAUUUGCAUGAUAGACAACAAAGAACAUUUAAAUAGUGCCCAUGCUUUUUAGUUUUACAUUAUGUGCCAACCGAAGGUGGCGAUGUAUGGAUAAUAUGCUGUUGUCUAUGCAGAGUGAUUUAUUUAUUGUGACAAAAAAAGGCAGAAAGGUCAAAUAAAUAGAGCUUAGAAGCAACAGGGGUUGAUUUGAACUGCAGCACGGUUGGAAGAGGUAGGGCUUCAUCUGUGCCUUGGAGCAGCUGUGUAGAAAAGCCUAGGAAGUCUUUUUUUUUUUCAAAGGUUUCCAAAAAAACAAAAAAAAAAUCUCAAAAGCCUACCAUGCAUUUUCUUUUUAUUGUUGUUUUUCUUUUAACAUUUCUUAUUGAUAAUGUCGGAUCAAACAAAUCACUGUGACCAAUGUCAGAAUACUCUCUUUUAACUUUUUUUAAUCAUUUUUUUAUAUUUAAGUUGAGCUUUAUUUUUGUUAUUGUUAACGCCUAAUAAAAAUGCCAGUGUGCGAGUGUAUUAUUUGUACAAGUUAAUGUUUGGAACUGUACAGUUAAGAGUUUAGAAGCAACUUCGAUGUGAGUCCAGCAUGCUGACUGAUCAUCGGUGUGAACACGAACCAGCACCACUCCUCAUCCAUUACCUGCAUCUGCAUCGUGACGGUGUGAUGUUGUGUUUGAGAGUGAUGUGUGUCUCACUUACUGUGUCCCCUUAGUAGACAGCCUGUGCAGUUUUGUGAGGGUGAAGCAUGUGUCUGGGAUUUCUGGUUUAAAUAUCUUCAGAAAAGAGAAAUAUGAGCGUGUCUGUGCACAUCUCUAAUUUAUUGUUUUAAGAGCAAAAGUGUGUGUGUGUGUGAGUGUGUGUGGGCGCCAGUGUCGUACUAAUGCAAAAGAGAGGAAACUAUUUAAAAAAAAAACUUUAUCAGAGUGAUUCUAUUCAGAAAAGAUUUGAGAUUAAGUUUCAAAUGAUGCAUGGAUUCUGUACAUUUUUUUGGUUUGAACUAUAUGAGGCUGUCCUUGUUGCCCCUUUUUGCUAUUGUAUGUGCUGUACCAGAAUAAUACUAUUGAGUGUUGGCCAGCUUGUUUAUAUCCAUCAAAUAAAUGACAUUCUUUCUGUUU